UCACAUUAUCAUUAACGUUAAUCCACAGCAGCUGUAUGAAUAUUAGUAUUUGUUAUGCAAUGUAUUGAAAUCCUGUUUUUGCACUGAAAUAUACCAAUAAAUUGCCCUCUUUGCUGGGGUUCCUCCUCUCUUAACACACGUCUGCACUGUAACCCCUGAAUACUGUGUUUCUCUCAUCUCUUCUAGGGGAUGUAUUUUGACAGGGAUGAUGUCGCUCUGCCGAAGUUCUCCACUUUUUUCCUGGAGCGCUCCAUGAAAGAGAGGCAACAAGCAGAGACGCUGCUGGAAUAUCAAAACAUGAGAGGAGGUCGAAUUUUGCUUCAGAUCAUUGCUAAACCAAGUAGAGAUGACUGGACAGGUGGUCUGGAUGCACUGUCUUUUUCCCUUGACUACCAGAAGUCCCUAAACACAUGUGUCCUUGAUGUGCACCGCAGAGCUGGCAUCCACACUGACCCUCAUCUGUGUGACUUCCUCGAGCAGCACUUCCUCACCGAUAGCCACGACACCAUCAAGAAGCUGGGCGAUUACAUCAGCAGUCUGACCCGCAUCACUGCGUCUGAGACGCACGGUCCUUUGGGAGAAUACCUCUUUGAUAAACACACUCUGUAAAGGUCACACCAGUACAAGGAAAUAAGCUCCAUAUUUCAAAAGAUUCACAGAUUCAACAGAAUAACAGUGCCUCACACUGUGUUCUACUCCGUUAAGAAAACUACACAAUAUUGUCAGUUUACAACAAACUUACAAGAGGAGUUGUAAGGAAAAUAACGGAAAAUACCUCAAUUUUACUUAAAAACCACACUGGAAAAAAUAAUCUCAUUAAUAUGGUGCUAAAAAUUACGAUUUUCCUCAGCAGUUAUAAGUCACUUGUUCAUUUAGACUCGGUUGUGUCAUGCAUUCCAGUGUGUUUUAACCUUCAUAAAUGUUUGGUAGAAAUGCAUACUAUUUUGAGUCAAAUAGAUGAUUUAAGAUUUGGAAUAUAAUUGAAACAUUCAAUAAAGCCAGACUAUGCAGACAUAA